AUGCCUAGACCCGUACCAGCACCGAGACCCUCGAGAUCCGGUACUAGCCAACAAGACAUGGAUUUGUUUGAGCGGCAAGAAGUGGCUAAAACUAGACCUCAGAUAAAAAGUAAGUUGAAUGAAUGGAGGGAAUGGGCAGUGGAGAGAAAGAGGAGGAAGAAGGGGAAAGAGGAAAACCCCUAUACUCCUAUUGAAGAAGCGUUUGUAGGUUCCUACAAAAGGUUCAAGAUAAACCCUGACGGUGAGAAGAAUGUCAGGGUAUUUUUGAAAAAGGUUCAUCCCAUCGUUAAGAGGUUGAUGAAGGACUUGCUCGAACAGAAGAAGUCUUUGAAGACUCAGGUGACAUUGUGGGUGAGGUGGGUAAGGGAUGAUUUAUCGAAUAAGGAUUUAUCUAAUCCUGAAUCCAUAUUAAUAUGGGCUAUUAUCGCUGCGCUUAACCACAAUCUGAUCAAUAAUCAUCCUGAGCGUAUCUCAAUUCUUAAGAAGUUUGAAGGCAAGAUGGGAGAGAAGAACUUGAGCGGUGUACUAAGCAAAUACAACUCGAAGCACAAAAAUAGGAAGUAUUAUUGCUUGAAUUGUCUAAAUGGAUUCUUAAGCGAACAGAAAAGGGAUGAGCACUUUGAAUAUUGUAAAGAUAACGAUGCUGCUAAGAUUCAACUCCCUGAAGAGGGUAGCACCGUUAAAUUUCACAAUGGUCAGUACCAGCUCAAAGCCCCAUUUAUCAUGUAUGCCGAUUUCGAAGCCUUCACAAAAGAUUUGCCUGAGGAAGAGACAAAAUGCGGAUCAUCCACGGAGAAAGUUGAUAAGCAUAUCCCUACAGGUUUCUGUUGUUAUAGCAAAUUUGCUCAUGGUGAAGUUUCGAACCCUCUGACGCUUUACCGCGGUGAGGACUGUGUUUCACGAUUUGUUGAUCAUGUAGUUUCUGAGUCUAAAAGGUUAUAUAAUAUGUUUCCAAAAAUAAGUAUGCAAGAUCUCACCGAUGAAGAACUUGAUGGCUAUGAAAAUGCCACCAAAUGCCACAUCUGCAUGGGAGAAUUUAGUGAACAUGACGUCAAGGUUAGAGAUCACUGUCAUUUUACAGGUAAGUUUCGUGGAUCUGCCCAUAGAGAAUGUAAUCUCCGAUAUAAGGUACCCAAUUAUAUUCCAGUUGUCUUCCAUAAUCUUAGCGGAUAUGAUGCACAUCUAUUCAUCAAAGAGCUUGCUAAACAGCAUGGAGAGGAAGGUAUAAGCGUCAUUGUCGAAAAUAAGGAGAAUAUUGGUUUUUCGACGGAUGUUAAGGUUGGUGAAUACAUUGGCAAAAAUGGGGAGACCAAAGACAAAGACAAAAAGAUACAGCUGAGAUUCAUAGACUCAUUCGGAUUUAUGGCAAGCGGCUUGAAUUCGUUGGUAAACAAUCUAUCUGAUGAUCAGUGUAAAAAUCUUCGAAAAUUCUUCAAUGAUGAUGAGCAAUUCAAAAUAAUGAGAAGAAAGGGUACAGACGUUAUAUUACUUGCCGAUAUUUUUGAGACUUUUAGGGAAACAUGUUUGACAAACUAUAAACUGGAUCCUUCACAUUUUUACACGGCUCCGGGAUUAGCCUGGCAGGCCUGUCUGAAAAAGACAGAUGUUGAGCUAGAUUUGUUGUCCGAUAUGGAUAUGUUACUGUUUGUGGAGAGGGGUAUUAGGGGCGGUCUCUGUCAGGCUGUUCAUAGACACGCCAAGGCCAAUAACCCAUAUAUGGGUGAGAUGUAUAAUACUUCUGAAGAGACCACCUAUCUACAAUACCUAGAUGCUAACAAUCUGUAUAGAUGGGCUAUGAUACAGAAGCUGCCGACUGGGGGGUUUGAGUGGGAUGAUGCUAGUAAAUUUAUCGCUAAACUCAUUUCAAAGUUGGCUGCGGAAAAUGGUGAAUAUGGUUACUUACUUGAGGUUGAUGUGAUAUAUCCGCGGGAGCUUCAUGAUACUCAUAACGAUCUUCCUUUCAUGCCUGAGAGGAAGGUGAUUAAUGGCGUCGAAAAGCUGACACCGUGUCUUUCAGACAAGAAGAACUAUGUCAUUCACAUCCGUGCACUUGAUCAAGCGUUGAAGCACGGUCUCAUUCUUGAGAAGGUUCAUAGGCUGAUGAACAAUUCAGUCUUUGGGUGCUAUCUGUUUCUCGGAAACACUUAUGGGCAUAGAGAUGUCCAAGAUCAAGAUCAAACUGAACAAGCCAAUCUACCUAGGACCGGCGAUCCUCCAUCUAUCGAAGAUGAUAUCGCUGAUGAUGUGCCGACGAGAUUUGACACUUCAGGGUACGAUAAGAAAGAUGGUAGACCUCUACCAUUAGGUUUGAAUAAAAAAAUCAUAGGUCUGAUGAAGGAUGAGUUAGGUGGUAAGGUAAUGACGGAGUUUGUCGCUCUUAGAGCGAAGAAUUAUGCUUAUAAACAGCUAGACGGAAAAGAAGACAAGAAGUGCAAAGGAGUCAAGAAAUGUGUGGUGAAGAAGACCAUAGGGUUUGAUGAUUAUAAGAGAUGCUUGUUCGAUGGUGUAAAUAUUUACAGAGAACAGAUUACCUUCCAAUCGAUUAUGCAUAAUAUUCACACGGUAAAAACAAACAAACUCGCUCUAAAUGCAGAUGAUGACAAAAGAAUAAUAGUAGAUGCCGGUAUUGUUCUCUCCCUGCCACUAAUGGCCCUGGCAUUAGAGAAUGAACGGAGGAUUCAAGACCUAGAGGAUCGUCUUGAUGCCUUAGAAUCAUAA